AUUAAACUAAAUUGAUGUGUGGUUCUAUUUAGCAUUUGAGAUUAUAAGAAUUUAUAACAACACUAUUAAAUUUUAAUGUUAUCAAGUUUUGAAAUCGCCAAAUGUGUUUUAAACAUGUCUGGAAUUUAUGAAGAUUUACAACCAAAAUUUUCUUUGUAUAAUGGUUCUGAAAUUAAGCGCAGCAGUAAAGCACAUAAACAUAGAGCAACCAAGAAGAUACGCAGAGGUGUUGUAGGUGAACAAGCGGAGUUAGUUCAAAACUUACAGCAACAAAAUGUAUCUCAAUCAAAAGAUGGAUCUCAAGUUCCUCCCAUCAGAUGCCACAGCUCAGUAAGGAAGAGCCAUUUUAAAAUGAAGAGAGAACCUUUUGAUAAAAAUGCGAAUCGAUUUUUAUCAGAAACUGAUCUAUCUCUCUUACCUCUAUCGAAGAGACUACGAUAUUUUAAUAACCUAUGUGAAACUCAAAAUUUUCAUAGUUCGAAUGUACCGACAUACUGUCCUACUGUAGACCAUUUAGUGGAUACAAAUAUUAGUUUCAAUAGAAAAACCACGGAAUUAAAAACACUGGUAAGUGCAUCAAAAUCUAUGCCCCCCAGUGGUGUGAAAGUAGAUGCAGUAGAUUGUCCACAUCUUAUAAAAGAAUCAUCAAGGAAAGACCACAAACGUAUAAAAUUGAAACCAUUUAGUUCACCAUUGAUACCCGAAGCAACAAAACAAACCAUGGACAACUGUGCUUCAACUAUUUUAAAAGAUUUUAUAAAUCUAGAAGCUCAAUACGCACCUUUAAUGAGUAGAAUACAAUGGGAACCAUGUCACACCUCUAAAAAGCAAUUAAUUCCGUCAAUUAAAAGUAAUCCCUCUAAAAGAAAUAGAAUAAAUUUUGAUAAAAGUUAUGUGAAUGAAGUGAAAACAUCACUCAAUGACAGCACUCAUCAAUUUAGAGCUCAACAAGGAAGAGAAACAGUUAAUCCGUAUUGUCCACAUAAAAAUUUGAGAGAUUAUAACAAAGUGCCUGGAAUACGGAAUAUGAGAUCGGCAAAAUCAAGUAAUGAUGGUAAUAGGAAGAAAACCGAAGACGUAUCUCAGGAGAAGAAUUGUGUUGUACCUUCUCUGUGUAAAAGUAAGAGUUGUUUAAAUAUGGGUACAGUUUCCAGAAUAAAUGACAAAAAAGGUACGUAUUACGGAUUUUAUGUAAUGCGGGAGGAUAAGGGAACUCAAACAGAAACGUCACAAUUUAAAAAAAUUCAGUACAAACGUUCAAAGGCAUUUAAUAAGAAACGUCAUAAAGAAUCUAGUAGUGUUACUAGUACUAAUGUAUAUUCUGUUUUUGGUAAUGAAAGUGAAGUUAUAAAUCAGAAGAAGAAAAUGAAUAAAAUUAAGCAAGUACAACAGUAUGAGAAGAAACAAUGUAGUAGUGUCGAUAAAGAGAGCUCCAAAUUGAAUGUAGCCUCCCCUAUAACAGUAUUGAAAUGUACUCCGCACUAUGAAAAAGUAAAAAAAUUUGAAGAUAUUUUCAUUUCGGAGAACGAAUAUCUUACAGCUUUAACCGAUUUUGAUAAGCUUUUCUCGUUCAAAACAUAGUCAGUAGACCAAAGCAUUUUCAAUUCUUUGAGGAAAUAAUUUGUAUAUGUUUUUUUUUAAAUUUUAGUUAAUUUAA